UUAUCCUUAAAAUGUCUGCUCAAUCUAUACUGCUAGUGUCAGAUGGAAACAACUUGUGAUCCAGCUCUCUACAUCUAUUUCGCACGUGGGUCAUUCUACUGGGUUUUGAGUAACGCCCAACGGAAUCCGCAAAAUGUUUUUUGUGUUUGAGUACGAUUUGAAAGAGACUGUUUUUCAGGCUCUUCUUUUCUAUCUCUGUAUUUUCCAAAAGGAUUGUGGUAUCUUUAGUAGAGAUGGACGACUUUUUCGAACUUGUUGCAAAUGAAUUGGGUGAUCAAAUUAGUGCCGACCAUAUCAAACUCGUCGCAUGUGUUCUAGCAGCGUAUCCAUCGGCGCUUGUUUAUCGAAGAUUACCAGCAAUAAGCCCUACCAGCAGACACAUAUUCUCCAUAAUUUAUACACUGGUUGCCUUGGUGUACGUCCUCAAAUUCUAUACCGGUGCCAUACACAUUGGCUUUACGGCCAUGUUUACCUAUAUUUUUAUGAAGUUUUACCGGAGCAACAAAAACAGCGCCUUCAUUAACUUUGUAGUUGUGAUGAUCAGUAUGUCAAUAUGCCAUAUCAAUCGACAAAUCAAGGGUUUUGAAGGAUCCAGCAAACUGGAUUAUUCUGGAGCAUUGAUGGUUGCAACCAUCAAAUUCUCUUCAUUCGGUUUCAAUGUAACUGACGGCUACUGCGGUGGUGCUGUCACAGAGUACAACCAGCGUAUGAAGAUCGAUCAUUACCCCAGUCUAAUCGAAUACUUUGGCUGGAUCUGCUUUUUCGGCGGAUUCUUUGUCGGCCCAUCUAGCGAAUUCAUGGAUUACUACCGAUUCACAAAUUACUAUUUCCUCUCGUCUGACAAGCAUAUAUCGCCAUACAUGCCCACCCUUCGUCAUAUUGUACUUGGCGUUGCUGCUGCAAUAGUUAUGGUAGUUGUGGGAAGCACAUACAACUAUGUCAACAUGCUAGACAACGUCUUCCUGACAUUGCCUUUAUACAAAAAGCUUGCGUUCUUUAAAAUAGCAGGAUACGUAGAGCGUUGCAAGUUCAGCAGCAUUUGGUUGCUGGCUGAAGGCAGCUGCAUUCUUUCCGGAUUUGGAUACAACGGCAUCGACAAGGAUGGGAGACAUCAAUGGAAUCGACUUUUAAACGUCAACUGGCUAGCUUGCGAAUCCGCACAAUCUUUUAAGGAUCUAUCCAACGGCUGGAACCUGAGCACAAAUAAUUGGCUGAGACACUAUGUCUACGACAGAAUAACACCACCCAAUACCAAGCCCACAUCAUUUACUUUGUUUAUCACCUAUCUCACGUCUGCUAUAUGGCACGGAUUCUAUCCAGGAUACUAUUGGCUCUUUAUUCCCUUCGGUAUGUUCCAAGCCUUGAGUCGUCGCAUUCGUCGCGUGGUUCGUCCUCUGGUUAUGACCGCAGACGAUCAUCCGGUACCUUUGCGUGUACAAAAGAUGGUUUACGAUAUCAUGGGUUACCUUUUCUCCAUGGAGUUGAUUGCCAUACUUGUCGUCCCAUUCGAACUACUUCACUUGACUAAUAUCCUAAAAGUUUGGGGUAGCAUUUAUUAUAUCCAUGUUUGGGGAUAUUUCUUUGCGUGGUCGACUUUGAUUAUCUUGGAACCAAGACUGCUUCAAAGCCAAAAACAACGAACAGAUCUAUCAGUCGCUAAACAAAGAUAAUAUCUAUGCACAGAAAAAGCAAAUGAAUUUAAAGACUUUGUAAUAAAAAAAAUUGCUACU